AUGGCACAAAACUCUGUCAAGUUGACAGAUCUGUCCGACCAGAUUCUCCUGCGGAUAUUCUCAUUCGUCGCUACUAUCACCACCAAACAUGAACCCACUGCUGAUGUCACACCCUCAGAACAAGAUCCAUUACACCAGGACCACCCAACUUCGACUUUCGACAGCGCAACAACAAACCCCAACAAACCAGAAACCAAAAAGAAGAACGCUCAGAAAAAGAAAAAGAACCGCGUCGCGGGAUUGGGCGCUAGAACGUUAUGUCGACUGUGCUGCUGCAGCCAACGGCUGAACCAUCUGGCUUCGGCUGAUCAGCUGUGGCAAGAACUUACGCUGACGCGGUUCCCCGACCGGCAUUGGCCUACGACUGAUCAAAAAAACCUCGAUAUGAUCCGUGUUCGGAGGGAGCAUCAGUUGAAGCUUUUGGCGCCUUCGACAAGCUCACUAAACCAUCAGGGGUCUCCGGCGCAGGAUGAAGAAAUGAGUGACGGGACGGAUCAGCAGCAGGAUCAAGAGAGCGGUGACCGUGACGAGGAAGGUCAGAAUAAGAAGCAGAAGAGGACAAAGUUCUACUCGCGUUUUGAACAACGUGCCCAUCGCCGCAAGUUUGCCUCGCUCGACCCAGAACUCCGAUACACUCCCCUUGCAUGGACAAAUACCUUCUGGACAUGGAAGCGGACUUUCUUUGGAAACUGUCGCUUCGUCGAGUCCAAGGACGUCAGCACGCCAAAUCGAAUUGAUCAUGCUGUGCACAGGAACAAUUUGGAUGAGGCGCGCGAGGAAUGUGGGCGUUGCUGGCGGCCGGUUCGGUCAUGUAUCUGCUCGGCACUGACGACCCAACUCUACUGCAAUUGUCGAGUCAGGAUCAUGAUUCUUCAGCACCCAAGGUGUCAAGUGAGCAUUGGAACGAUCAGGAUUCUAAAGACCACAUUCAAAUAUUGUCAAAUUGUCAUUGGCAAGGACUUUAAAACCGGGCGAUCCUUAGAACUGGACCAGGCACUGGAUGAUUCUAACUGUACACCACUGCUGCUGUACCCCAGUCAUGCCGCUGUCGAUAUCAAGACAUUGGUGUCAAUCGACUCUUCAAACGUAGCACCCUCGACACGGUACUUCUGCGAGGGUUGCACCCAUCCUCACGAAUCUACACCAAUUGAGACAGGAAGCAAAGAUCAAGACCAAAGCAACAACAACAACGAGUCGCCAUCGCCGUACCCCUACAAGUUGAUCAUCGCUCUGGACGGUAGUUGGUCCCAUGCCAAGAUCAUGUACCGCUGCAACCCCCGGUUGCAGCAAUUGACUCAGAUCAAGUUCCCCAACCCACCGCAGUCGAUCUACCAUGAGCUCAAGCCUGAACCCAAGGUCACAUAUACUUCGACUGCUGAGGCAGUAAGUCAAGCGGUGGCACUUCUUGGCUGGCCUACGGAUCCGGCAAGCGAAUCGUUAGCGAAUUCGGCCAUGUCUGAUGCUCACUUGCUUCAUGAGGAUAUUGUUCGCCCUCUCAGGAAGAUGAUUGAGAUCCAGGAUACAAUCCAGGACCAGCAAAAGGACCAACAGCAAGUCGAUAGCGAUGCGUCAUGA